CCUUGGGGGCGAAAUUGUCCUCAAAAGCUCCCUUAAUUUACGACGUUGUCACCACCUCCAGAUCUCUCACUUUAGCAUGCCCGUCUCCUACAAAACUGAUUCAGAAACCAAGGAAUUCCUCAAAGACUAAACCACCAUGGAUGCUGUCCGCCACUACGACACUUCUUGGAACUCCUCCACCAACUGGUCUAUUGCCGAUGGUUCCCUCCUUCACUCCGUCAUCUUCGAGUCAUCAUUAGCAUCAAUCGCCGGAUCCGAUCAGCAUGAACCUGCCCUCGAUGAUCUAACCGCCGUCGAUUCCGCUCCUAAACCCCCCCUUAUUCUGUGCCCUACUUCACCUGAUUCCGGCCCCUGCGAGAUCACCAUUACUUUUGCCCAAAGCCAUGAAGUAAGACAGAUUUAUGUCCGAAGUACUGCUCGGGUAUAUGAAAUAUACUAUGCUUCUAAACCACAGAGCAGCAAGGAGUAUCUCAGUACCGUUCGCUGUGGUGUUGCCUGCAGAGACGAAGAGGUGCUUCUUGCACCCAAUUUUGAUGAAUCUGCAUUUGCUCAUCUGAAAGGAGCCAAUACGAAGUUGGAUGAGAAGACACUGAAAAAUGACAGCAAUUCCAAAAAUGACGGCAAUUCCAACUCGAAUGAAGAUGAUUGGGUUGAAGUGAAAGCUCCUGGUACUCCUCUGCUUUAUAGUGGAAGCAAUGUGUCAUCAAAUUCUGUUGUGCACUCAGGUAGCACACAGGAUUUAUAUGAGGCUACUGCUGAGAUCAAUGAUGCAAACCCCUGCACGUCUAUUACUCUCCGGUUGCUUUCACUUCAAAAUAAAGGCUGUGUAUGUGUUGAUGAACUCUAUGUUUUUGCUGAUCCUGUUGAUAUAGCUGAUUCAGAAACUGAAGUCAGCCAGAUGGGAAAUGCGGGAGGAAAUUCUCUUAUGGCUAUGCUUGCUCCCACACUUUUGCAGUUAUCUAAAACAGCAGGUUUUCACCGCAUAGAAAAUGAAGAGGUUUUUGGCUCAAAAACAAAAGAAACGAAACAAGAAGAUGGGUCUAAGAGCACUGAACCAUUAAAUUUUAGAAAUGAAAUCCUGCAAGAAGUAAAACCCAGUUUAGCCAAUCAGCGGGAGGUGAACUUGCAGGAAGCAGUUGCAGCGACUACUGAACCAAAUCAACAUGAGAUCCCCCCACUUAAGCAUGUUACAAUCAAGCCUGAUGUAACAUGUGGGCAUAUUGAGAGAUCCCUGAAUGAGCUUGUUUCUCGAGUCAGUAGAGUAGAAGAUCUCCUAUUGAAGUUUGAAGAGAACAUGCUAAAGCCCAUAAGCAGCAUUGAUGCAAGGCUUCAGCGUGUAGAGCAGCAGCUUGGAGAACUUACUAAGAACCCUAAGACAUCUGAAUUGCCAUCUUGCACAAAAUUCUCUGCACCUGAAUUUUCCUGCCAGAAUUCUGAUAAUUAUUCUUGUAACACUGGUAAUGAAUCUGACCAACUUGUUGAUGCAUCACAUGAGAAGGGUAUUUCAUCACCUAACCAACUUGAUGAAACCAUUUACCCGGUAAAUGCUACUCAGUCAUUCCCAAGACUUGUUGUCACUGCCCCUGAUUUUUCCAAUGCUGAUGAUGAGGAUGAUGACAUUGCUUCAGAAACCGGUUCUGAUCUGUCCAAUGCUGAUGAUGAGGAAGAUCAUGUUGCUUCAGAAACUGGUUCUUCUAAGGAUAAACCAAAGCACACCAUGUCAAUUGAUGAUGCAUUAGCAUCUGCCCUUGCCAACUUCCUUUCUUCAACUUCCAUAGAGAUAGAAAAGAAUAUUCAAGCUCCAACUGUAAAAGCUCCUGAAAUUUUACAUGAAGAAGAUGGUAUUAUUGAUAAAAAGGUGUUUCCAGCAUCUGAACCUUGCUGUCUUGACACAAGAGAUGGAAAGGAUUCAACAACAGCAUUGGGGCCAUCCAACUGUUCUUCAGAGAGGAUAGGGGAGGUGACAUGCUCUCUUAAUGAGGUCGAUUCUGAGCAAGCAGCUAAAGAAGUUGUUGAAGACUAUCAAAAGCAAGGUCCUUGCCAUGAGACGGUUGGCUACAUAGAUACUCCAGCCAAACAUGAACACCAGAUAGUGGGGGACAUGGGAAAUGGGGAAGUUAGCAAUGCAACAAGAAAAAUUUUGGUUCUUGAUGAAAUGGAUAUUCUGAACCAAUUCCUUGAAGAUCAUAUUGAUGAUGAUUCUGAUGUUGAUGUGGAAAGAGCUCCUGGGGACAAGGAAAUUAGAGGAGAAGUAGCUAAACAAGAUCAUCAUGAAGACUUUCUGAAGAAUUUUCUGGAAUUAUCAUAUGCUUCUUCUGUAGUGAAUUUUGAAACUCCAAUCCUGGAUGUAAAGUUUGCCUCUGAAGACAACUCCAUUAACAAGUCGCCUCUUGAAGCCCUUUUGUCUGACAUGCAAGUAACAGGUACUGCUGCUUCCUGCUCUAAGAAAAGUGAUGAUGGUUCCCUUGAAGCCCUUUUGUCAGACAUGCAAGUCACAGAUACUGCUUCUUCCUGCUCUAAAAGUGAUGAUAGUUCUCAACCUGGUGAAGAUUGCAAGUUGAUUUCAGUUGACGAAGCGGAUGUGGAUGGUAUGCCUUGGAACUUGGAGGUCGAAAACCUGGAGGAUUAUCCUGCAUGUAACAACCAUGAAGUUGCAGAAACAAACCUUAUAUGAAAGAGAAGUACUAGCUAGCUUCAUGAUGUUGUAAAUAAUCUGUUUUUCAGAGUAAUGUUCUAGAAACUUGAUCUUGACUGUUAAAGUAGAAGCUAGCUUUGUGUCCGAAUAUGUUGUAAAUAAUUUGUUUUUUAGAAACUUGAAUGAGUAGAUGGUUAAUAGCUUUACGAUUGAUGGAAUUGGGUUAGUAAUAGAAGUAAGAAAUUGAUUCGUAGUCAA